AUUUUACUAUGGUCUUGAAAAUGGAGUAUAUUCAAAGAAAGUAAAUAGUAAAUUUUGUUGAAAUAAUAAUAAUAUUUAGCAUCUUCAGGUUUGUCAAUGAAUUUUACAUUUCUAAGGCGGUGCAUAUAUCAAAGGUCACCCCCUUUGAUACCAAGUUGUCCAGUUGCAUAAGAAAAUUCAUCAUUGAAAUGGAUUCUCAAUUGAAAUUAACAUGAAAAAGUGAAAUUUCCACUAAUACCUAGAAUAUCACGUGUAUGUAUGUCUUGACGAGAAAAAAAGAAUUUGAAAAUGAGCCAUCUCUCCCCCUUCCGGUUGAACCCGAAUCUUGGACCUGACUUAGGAGGUACAGCACCAAACCCUAAGAAACGGAGAAAAAACUCCCAAGUACCCAUACAGACUCCCCCAAAUGUUCAAGAUCUUCUACCACCACCUCUGACAGGUUAUGGCGACACAAUUGUUGCUUCCAACCCAUUUGACGAUUGUCCUAGUAAUGUUAAUUCAAUGGGUUCUGUCAGGAAUAAUUCAAAUAUGGGUAUGCAAGGAAAUAUGCCAAUGGGAGUUAAUGCGAUGGGUAUGUGUAGGCCAAUGGGUCCAGGUAUGGGAAUGAAUUCUCCAAUGAUGCAUAGCCCCAACGCUCAUCAUGGUAUGAUGAACAAUCAAGUGAUGAUGAAUAAUCCAAGAAUGAAUGGACCUAUGGGUAACCACAUGGGUCCUCACAUGAUGCACAGUCCCAACGGACCCAUGCAUGGUAUAUCUGGACCUGUUCAUAGCCCAAUUGGAAAUAUGAAUUCUGGAAUACAAGGUCCUCAUAUGCCUGGAAAUGGGAGUUCCAUGAGUGGUCCAGGGCCUAUUAAUAAUGGACCUAUGAAUGGGCCAAUGAAUGGUAUGAAUACCGGUAUGGGAGGAGGUAUGCAAAUGAAUGCCUCAAAUGCACCCAUGGGUCCUUCCUUGAACAACAAUUUCAUGAUGAAUAAUAUGUAUUCCAAACCCAUGCCAGUAAGUGCAGGCAAAGUAUACCCAGCAGAUCAGCCAAUGGUUUUCAAUGCUCAAAAUCCAAAUGCUCCCCCAAUUUAUCCCUGUGGAGUUUGCCAUAAAGAAGUCCAUGACAAUGAUCAAGCAAUAUUAUGUGAGAGUGGUUGUAAUUUUUGGUUUCACAGAGGUUGCACUGGCUUGACAGAAACAGCUUAUUCUCUUCUAACUGCAGAAGUUUACGCAGAAUGGGUGUGUGACAAAUGCCUUUCAUCUAAAACAAUUCCUUUGGUUAAAUUCAAACCAUAAACAAUAUUUGUGGAGAAGGAAAAUUUUACCCAAAGAUGCUAUUCUAGAAGACUGAGAGUGAUUCACAUUACAACCACUGUUUCUUCAUAGUCGAAUCUCAGGUGGUUGUGUGAUUGAAGCUUCAAUGGAUCUUCAUUCCAGUAUUUGGAUAUUUAAAUGACAUUAGGUAUAGAUAACAACAGUAACAGAAUUUUAAGAAAGGAAUUCCUUUCAUUUCAUUUUUGUAGCAAACUUCAAGAGAAAAUUCAAAUGAUUGCAGAUUCGGAAAGUAGUUGUAGUGAUAUAAAGGGUUUGCAGUUUCUCAUUAAUAACAUCCAUACACUCAUUUCACACACUCAUUGAAAAAUCGAGACUUGAUGGGCUCUUAUUCAAGCUGAAUGAAUUUUUGAAAGUACCAAGUUUUAAUACCCAAGAAAGCCUACUUAAACUUGAAUUGCAGUGCUAUAUUAAUUUUAUUUCAUUAAGAAACGUAUUAUGAAUAUUAUAACAUUAUCACAAAAUUGAGAUGAAAGAACUCUUGUAUUUGCUUUUAUAUAAUAUUGUUAGAUGUAUUACUUGAAAUAAUCGAAUUUCACUUAGUAGGCAGUUUGCAAGUAAUUUCACAGUAUUGUGAAGUUGAUGAAAAUCUUGUUCAAAUUAAAUAUAUGAGAAAUGUAAUAUUCCACCCUGAAGUGCCUAAACAGCAAAUAUUGUCGAAUUGUUAUACCUAAUCCUUUUUUUGAAUAUUGCCGAAAUUCAAAACCAUUUUUGUUCGGUUUAUCAGUGAUUUUAUUGAUGGCUGCAAAGGUGAUAGAGAUUCAAGCAAUAACAUCAAAUUAUGUGAAUGUAAAAUCAGAAUAGAUGGAGCUCUUUUGGUCUUGCCCUAUUUAAUAAAUUUUUUUAAUGUGCAAUUAUAGUUUAUAUACCUUUAGUAUAAUAGCAACAGUGAAUACUUGAAAACAAUUAAGAAAUAUCGACCUUAUUUGAGUAUUAUUUGUGGCUUCCUGUUCUGCAUAUUGGAAAGAAACAGUUUUUCUUACUGGGAUUUUGGAUUAUAUGCACUUUAUAAAAAUUAUCCUGUUGCCUUUGUUUAUGCCUAUAUCAAAGAAUUUUGAACUGCUACUGAAUUUGUAAAGUCACGACGUUUAUGGAAAUUUCUGUGCUUAAAUUAUACAAGAUAUCUCUAAA